CAACCUUUAUUACUCUCACACACUCCCUCUCUCUCUCUCUAGCUCCAAUGGGCUUCCCCGUAGGCUACACAGAGGUCUUCCUCCCAAAGCUCUUCGUACAAACUCUCUCAAUCCUCACUUUCAUCAGAACCGUCGUCUUCUCCCUCUUCCGCUUAUUGGGCCUCUCCGACUUCCUCGAAACGGACCAAACCUGGCCCACCGACUACACAUCAUACCCGACCCGAAUACCCGAACUCCGCUCCCCUUUCUCCGCCCUCCUAAUCCGCGAGAUCUUACCCGUCAUCAAGUUCCAAGACGUGACGACCUCCUCCUCCGGCGAGGAUCUCCCGGAGAAUUGCGCCGUGUGUCUCUACGAGUUCGAAGGAGAGCAAGAGAUCCGACGGCUGAGAAACUGUCGACAUAUAUUUCACAGGAGCUGUCUCGACCGUUGGAUGGAUCAUGAUCAGAAGACGUGUCCUCUUUGUAGAACACCGUUUGUUCCUGAGGAGAUGCAAGAGGAGUUUAAUCAACGGCUUUGGGCUGCUUCUGGUGUUCAUGAUUUUCAUAGUGAGUACUGUCCUGUUACGGAGUUAUAAUAGAAGACAGGCUUCUCUGUUCUGUCCUUGUGUCUUUUUUUUUUUUUUUUUGACUUUUCAUCUCUGUACUUUUUUUUUCACCCUUGCUAACAUUAGAUUUGCCACGUUUUUAUGUGUGUAUGUAAAAAUAUACAUAUGAAUGAGAUGAGCAAUAAACAUUACCAUAUCAAAACAUGAAAUUAAAGUAGUUUGUUUACUUGAUAAAAACUGAAAAUCCGCA